CACAGUUGUUCUCUAAGCAGAGUGUAGAAGUGCAUACCUUCGAAUCAUUCCAUCCUAGAUACAUACAAUGGCCGAACGAGGUGGAUUUGGACGUGCACGCGGAACUAGAGGUAGGAGAGGACCCAGAAGGGGAGGUAAGAAAGAAGAGGAGAAGGAAUGGGUUCCAGUGACCAAGCUCGGUCGACUGGUGAAAGAUGGAAAGAUCAAGUCGAUGGAAGAAAUCUAUCUCUUCUCUCUCCCUGUCAAAGAAUUCCAGAUUAUCGACCUUUUCCUUCCUACACUCAAGGAUGAAGUGAUGAAGAUUAUGCCUGUGCAGAAACAGACUAGCGCUGGUCAGAGAACUAGGUUUAAGGCUUUCGUCGCUGUCGGUGAUCAUGAUGGUCACGUUGGCCUGGGUGUCAAAUGUGCCAAAGAAGUGGCUACCGCUAUUAGGGGUGCUAUCAUCCUUGCCAAGCUUUCCAUCGUCCCUGUCCGUCGAGGUUAUUGGGGUACUCCUAUUGCUGAACCCCACACUGUGCCAUGCAAGGUUUCGGGAAAGUCUGGUUCGGUCAUGUGUCGUUUGAUCCCUGCUCCCCGUGGUACUGGUAUUGUUGCCGCCCCAGCCUCAAAACGAAUGCUUCAAAUGGCCGGUAUUCAAGAUUGUUACACCCAAUCCAAAGGAUCCACAGCUACUCAGGGUAACUUCGUCAAAGCCACCAUGGCUGCUCUGGCCAAGACGUACGAGUUCCAAUCUGUCGACUUGUGGCCCAUCAUACCCCCCGGUCUUACCCCUUACGACGAGCACGCAGUGCAUCUCCAAUUGGCUGCGAAGAAAGCCGGGUUGUACUAGGUCGAAUAUGUAUAUGGGUUUGAUCAUGCACAAAUGACUCUUUCUU